AGAUAUUCACAAGAGAGAAGACACACAGACAGAGAUAUAGAUAAAUCAGGGUGGAGGGACCGAAGGUUUAUCACUUUAAACAAACACAACCCAGAGACAUAGGUGAGCUGAUAAGGCAGUCUAGCUCAGUUUGUGUCUGUGCUUUAGGAUAGUAGACCUUGUCAGUGUUUCAGAGUCAGGGGCGCUUUUUCACACAUGGAAUGUCUGGUGAGCUGUGUGUUCUAAAACUGCAUAGAAGAGCGAGAAGAGCGAAUAUACUGAGAAAGCAUAGAAAGACUGCUUCCGGAUACAACGAUAGACACUGAGCUGCCUAAAGGUCAACUGGACCCUUCAACUGAGUGACCUCCACCUCAGCCUAAAAGGGUUGAACUCACUGACGGUACAUGCCAUUAAGUCCAAGAUGCCUCUGAAGACUACCUUGUACCUCAAAUCGGCCUCCAUGCGCUGGCCUCGCAAGCAGAAGCGCCGUGAGCUGCUGUCAGUCAACAUGAUCAGCCUACCGCUGGGCGACUUCCGCCACCUCUCCCACAUCGGAAUGGAUGCCCACGGUGAUGUCUUCGGCGACCUCGCAGCCUUCCAGCGGACCGGUAGUCUCAUCCUCCACAGCUCUAAAAGCCACCAGGACCUCUACUCUAACAUCACCCCCAACGAGACUCCCCCACCCCCACCCAAGCCCCCACGCCUCCUCAGCCCAGAAGAGAUGGAUGCACAGGCCGCCAAAGCCAGAACCCUUCCCCAGGCUUCCAGGCACAAGAGGUGCCUCUUCCUGCCUUUACUGGAUGGUGUGGAGGUGGUGGAGCAUGACAGGUUGCACCACGGAGAGGAGGUAAAGCAGGAGCAGGAAAAGAAGGAGGAGGGAGGGUUAACGAUGGGGCCGGAUGGAUCCGAAUUGAACACGGCCCCCCAACAGGCUCCUUGUCCCCCAGUGGAGGCCCCUCCAGGGGUCGAUGAAGACUCGUCUUUUGUCCUGGACCUUGACCUGGGGCCGUCCAUACUAGAGGAUGUCCUGAAAGUAAUGGACCAGCUUCACCAGUAAGACUUUGAGAAGUGUGGCCCUCAUACAUAUGAUUGUAAUAUGUUUUAUUCUAAGGGCCUUUAAAGAAACCCGACAUAUAUAGGGGAGAAAAACUCAAAGCUCCUUCCUUUCUAAUGGGGAUUGAAAGGGGUUGUGUCAUGGAUGGAUAAAUGGGCUGGACUAUUUUCAAUUGCCAGGAUGCUAAUUGGCACAUUUAUUUUUAAUUACUGUCUUCAUAGAGGACAGAUUGUAUAAUAUUUUCUUAUAUUGGAUGCAAGAUAAUAUGAGCCUCUAUUGUUAGUUUGGCUAACUAGAGGAAUGUGUCAUAUCUGGGUCAAUGCUUUGAACAGUUGCCCUUCUCAGGUGAAAGCUCUGUGAGCCAAUGACACUCCACCUGGAUCAUGUGACUUAGUGACAGAUAAUGUCACAUAUUUGUAUGACAGGUGUAUAGAGGAGACAUGUUGUGAAAGGUAAGAAAGACAGACGGUAAACUACGUAUGAGACAGUGCUGUGAGGCAGACAUUUAUGACUUAUGCUUGUCUGACAACUUCUAUUGUGAAAACCUAAAAGAACACGGGUUGCUUUUUCUUUUCAAUAUUUAGGCCUACUAUAAAGGGACAGUGAAAACUAGCUCUCCCAUAGCGUCUAAGUCAGACAUAUGCAGUAGCACUAAGGACAGAAGCUGGGUUGUUCCCUUUUGAGUCCCUUGGAUAUUUUAAGUCUAAAUUGUGCACCAAUAUAACAUUUUAAAAGCCUGUUAUAUUACUUGAAGUGCACUUUAAUAUAGA